CCGGACUGACGUCACGAGCGGGGCUGUCUACGGCUUUGUUUCUAACGUGGAAGUUUCGCUUUAUUGACGGAUCCCGUCGACUCAUGUAGACUCAAGUACCGAACUAGAACUCCGCGAGCGCAGACGACAGAGCCGACCCGCGACAUUACGGCGCGCGCACACCGCAAACGUGGAGUCGCCGCGACGUGUUCGGUCUUCGUAUCGCAACUUUGCUCCGGAUAGCCUACUUGUUGCUCGUCAGCGGGUUAAAGUCAGGCUCAGCCCGGCUGUUGUCUGUUGGAUGGACGUGAGACACCCCGGUGUUAAAGACAAAGGCUUCGGCCGCGCAUUUCCAGCCCAAUGACCUCCAUAGAGUGUAGCGGUGCCGACGAGCUGGAUUUCAGACUUGUUUUUGGGGAAGACGCGCUGCAGCAGCCGACAGGCCCCGCAGAAUCCGAUAUCCGGAACCCUGUAAGCUCCACCCAGGUGCCAUUUACUCAACCCAUUGGCCAGGAGCAGCGCAUUUGCCUUCCUUUUGUACCCAACCCAACUCCCCUGCAAACUUCUGGCAGCUACCAGUCUCCAGCCUGUCAAACCCAAGGUUCCCAGUACAGCUUCUUGAGGAACCCUACAGCAUUUGGUUGCCCCAGCAUCCAAAUAACCUCCAUUGCUCCUAACAACCAUGUAGAGGUGGGCAGUGUCCAGGAUGCUGGGGAGCCUAUUGGGGCGGAGGGGGGAUUUCCUGAGCAGACCUGGUCCAGGGAUCACCUCUUCCUGUCCCUGGACCCAUGCUAUAGGGAUGCAGCUCUGAGCCCGAGUCCCUGCAGCAGCUUGUCCUCCAGGAGCUGGCUGUCAGAUGUCUCAUCCUGUGAGUCGUUCUCUCAUAUCUAUGAUGAUGAAGAGGGGGAUCUUAAUGAGGCUGCUGCCCGUUUCACCCUGGGCUCCCCUCUCACUUCCCCGCUAGCUUCCCCAGGGUGUGGUGGAGGGGCGUUUGGAGUGGAGCUGUGGCAGCAGAAGUACCAGGAUCCCCAGGCCCUCAACCAGGCCCUGUCGUCUCACCAGUCUCCGCGUCAGUCCCCUUGCCCAUCCCCUCGAUACUCCCCACGCACCAGUGUGACCGAGGAGACCUGGUUAAACCCCUGGCCAACCUCCCGUUCCCCCUCCAGACCCACCUCCCCUGGUGGGAAGAGACGGCACUCCAGCGCAGAUGUCCAAGCCCACUCCCCCUCCCCCCACCACUCACCCACCCCGACCCCGGGUCACUCUCCCAGGGGCAGUGUGACUGAGGACACCUGGCUAGGAAGCCAUGCUGGAGCCCUGGGUCCCCUCCUCUACUGCUACCAGGACCUGGAUGUACCCUCAAAGACCAGGAGAACCACAGGGACUCAGCUUUGCCUGCUGACGGGGCAGAAAGACUCUGGGAUUGAGGAAGUCAAAACAAUACUGCCAGUUCUGGAUUCACCUGGAGAAGCGUGUGGUAAACCAGAAGACCUAGCAGACUUGUUCCUUCCAGUCCCCUCCCACUUCAGCUGGAACAAGCCCAAACCUCCAAGUACUCCUUUGUUCAGGAGCUCAUCCCUGCCCCCUCUGGACUGGGCCCUGCCCAGCCAGUAUGGUCAGUGCGAACUGAUUGUGGAAGUUCAACCAAAGUCCCACCACAGGGCCCAUUAUGAGACAGAGGGCAGCCGAGGGUCGAUCAAGGCAGUGUCUGGAGGACACCCUGUCGUCAAGUUAAACGGUUACAAAGAACAGCCAGUCAACCUGCAGGUCUACAUCGGCACUGCAGACGACCGCUACCUCCGACCUCACCCCUUCUACCAGGUCCACAGGGUGACAGGGAAGACCGUGUCCACUGCCUGCCAGGAGAGAUUUGUGUGUGGCGCAAAGAUCCUUGAGAUCCCCCUCCUCCCCGAGCACAACAUGUCAGCCAGCAUUGAUUGUGCAGGCAUCCUGAAGCUGCGGAACGCUGAUAUUGAACUCAGGAAGGGGGAAACGGAUAUCGGCCGUAAGAAUACGAGGGUGCGAGUUGUGUUCCGCGUCAACAUCCCUCAACCCAACGACAAGAUGCUGUGUUUACAGACAGCCUCUGUACCAGUGGAAUGCUCCCAGCGCUCUGCUGUGGAGCUUCCCCAGGUGGAGCAUGUCAACCCCACCAGCUCCUCAAUGGAUGGAGGGGAGGAGAUGGUGAUCUCGGGCUCCAACGUCUCCUGCCAUUCCAAAGUGUUCUUCUUGGAGAAAGGACCUGAUGGAAGAACACGCUGGGAAGUAGAUGUCAAGGUUGUGCCAGAAAAGAGCAGUGGAUCCAGAAUCACCAUCAAGAUUCCCCCUUAUCACAAUAGGAAUGCCACGGGGCGUGUCCAGGUGCAGUUUUACGUGUCAAAUGGGAAAAGGAAAAGGAGUCAGACCCUGAGCUUCACCUACCUGGACCCCUCUGCUGACCUCAUGGCUGGAGCCCCGCUGGUGAAGCAGGAACCCUCUGAUUUAGACUACAUCCCAUGUAAUCCACUGUCCUCCCCUGACCAAGCCUUCUGUCUAGACAUCCCUUUUCAUGAGUCCUGUGGACAAGUGCCUUAUGAUCGUACCCUUCAACCAGCAUACUCCCAGCUUGUCUCCUUUCCCCUCCAGGGACAUCGUGCCCAUGCAGGGCAACCGCAGAUAAACACCAUGAACAUGGUCGAUCUUAUGCCAGCCUCACAGACUGCCCCACAAGGUGUGCCUUACAUCCACAAAUCAAAUUCCAAUGUACAGUAUACUGACUCAGUCUUAGCCAAUCGCACUGUUCUAGCCCAAACCAACAUGGCUGCCUCCAUCUCCAGCAGAGAGAUAACAUACCAAAGUCCUAUCAGGACUGAUCUACACCACCCAGAGUCUCAGGACAGCAACCACUCUUCAGCGCCAUCCUUCUUGCUUGGUCACCACAGCCCCUUGGGGGUCUCUAACCUGCUGCCGAAAGUGAACCCACACUUAUUACCUCCUAAGACAUCUUCAGUCUCCCUACACACCUCCUCUGGUGGACCUGCAAGGCAACAAUCUCCAUGUUUGGCUCUGGAUAGGGCCGUCCUGACUCCAGUCGACCCUCAGACGCUCCCUCCAGCCCCCCAUUCCCUGUUUUGCAGCACAGGGAGUGGGGAGGUGAUGGUGAACGUCAAGCAGGAGCAGAAGGAGAAGCUGAGCCCGGGCUCCUUGGCCCUUCAGACUAUCACUCUGGAUGACGUGAACGAGAUCAUCGACAGAGACAUCUAUGGGCUGAGCGGUGGCUCUGAGCUGGUCCAGUCGGAUCAGGACCACUGUGUCUGGGAGGACGACUCCGCCGAGGCGGCCUUACCGUUCUGUGGCAGCCAUCAGUAGUGUCUGCCACUGCCUUUCUUAGACGCCGACUGCGGUGCUACUUCUAUGCAUUUGGCAGUGUUAACCUAUGAUUGCUUUACAGAUCUAUGGUUUAAUUUUGCAAGGCUGUCAUGUCAAAUUAGUUGUUCUUUAAUUAAUCUUUUUCAAGAUCUGUCGUCAAACAAGCGAAUCCUUUAAAAGCGAAGCCGUCCGUACCUCAUCCAAAUACCAAAGAUUUCCACUUGGCAAAAACCUUUAAAAAGACAAAGUGAGUCUAAAAAUAACCUAUUUAACCAAUUAGAGAUGUCUUGAAAUAGACUCGGGUGGAAAUGUUCAUGUAAUUUAUUUGGCUAGUUAUUUGCAAAUCUAUUUUUGAUACUCUGGACUUGGCACAGUUUAAGAAAAACAAACAUUUUCGAUAACCAUUUUCAUUUAAUAGCUGUUUUACUUUGUAUAAUACCAUUUCCGUUUAGGUUGAGUCGUUCUGAUGUGAAGCAUAUACCACUGAACCAUCAAAAUGUAUCAUUGUUGGAAGUUUUAAAUAAAACAAAUGCAAACUGUUUUUGGUGCAAGGUGGAAGGAGCCUCUCCAGUCUGCACCGUGGUUGGGGGAGAAUGUCCCUGAUCGCUCAGAUC